UUUCUGUUUUACUACCUAUUUACGAGAGAACAUCAAUAAUGUCUCCGUCUUCACGUUUCGGACAGUUUGAAACACUUCGGCGGAGCUCUCGCGUCCUCUCGCGAGACUCAUCCUGCUGUGCAAUCCCAGAAAUAUUCCAGUAAAUCUGAACCGUUUUCACCGUCAGCUGAUUAACGGGAGAUUUUGACGGUUAAUUUCGUCACAGCGGGAUUUUGUGUGACGUAACGCGAAGGAAAACUUAAGAGAACGCGGGAACGUUGCGGGAUAGAGGAGGAUAAAACGGGAUUUGGGGAAAUAAAGGAAAGUGGUGGAGCUAGCAGCGGCUAGCUGCCGUUAGCAGGCUUUAGGUUGUGUGCAGCUGUUUAACCGGGACAUUUCAACGGUUCGUUUUACCUUUUCAAGCCCUGCGGGUCCGUUAGUCUCCGUUAAAUCCUCUCAUCUUUCAUCUCAGGCAGUUUACCGGCUGGGAAAUGCCAAAUGUGGCCGGUGUUUCAGGAGGAAUCUGUGUCUCCGUUAUCACCGCAGACCGGCGUCGAGCUAACGGAAGCCGCAACGACGGAACUUCCGGCAGGAACAUCAAAAUAAAAGAGCCUGAGCGAUAAAAGCUGUUAAAUAGCUUCCGGAGGGAGAGUUUCAAAGUGAAAGCACACACAUUGAACAAAAUGGAAAUAACACACAUAACGGCACAAUCUGGACCAGGACCGGGGGGGAACAUGAGCCUACCUGUGAAGGUAUGAUUGGAGCCUGUGAGACACUGGGAUCCGUGUCAGUAAAGUGAUUGGUCUAGCAGGGGGAGUCCGCUGCGAGGUCCAAUCAGAGUGCAGCUCCUCAACUGACCUCUGACCAGUGUGGACUUUGGAUCUGCAGGUUUUAUGUUGGCAGAGUUUCUGCUUGUUUCUGUCUCUGAGGCAGAACGUUUGUCAAACUCUAACAGGGUCAGUUUUGUUGCUGGACUCGUGAUGCACGUUUCUCCGUUUCGCCUUCUUCUUCUUCUUCCCCCCGCCCUCUUCUUCCUCUUUCCGUACACUCCGGCUCACGGCGGCCAUGUUUUGGUAUUUCCAGGCGAGUACAGCCAUUGGUUGAACAUGCGGAGCAUCAUGGAGGAGCUGGUGAGGAGGAACCACUCGGUCACUGUUUUAGUCGCCGAUGCGUCGCCAUCCGUCAACUACAACAGCAGCCACGACGCCACCAAGUUCAACUUCCUGGUUUUCAAGGUCCCGUUCAGCAGGGCCGACGUUGACGGUCUCACUCAGGACUUCAUUAACUUCUCCAUGUACGAGUCUCACGUUUCUUCGCCGCUGCAGAAGUUUCUGAAGAUGGGUGAUUGGAUGCGGCGCUCGGUGGACUACGGGAUGCGGCAGUGUGACUCCAUGUUGAAGAACCAGCAGCUGAUGGCGACGCUGCGGGGCGCCGCCUUCGACGCCGUCCUGCUCGACCCCAUGGUGAUGUGCGCCGACCUGGUGGCCGACGUGCUCGGCCUGCCGUUCGUCGUCUCGCUUCGCUUCUCUUUCGGCGGCGUCAUGGAGCGACACUGCGGCCACGCCCCCGCACCACCGUCCUACGUGCCGGCGGCUCCGCUACCGUACGGCGACCACAUGACGUUUGUGGAGAGGCUGACCAGCGCGGUGACGUACGCCUGGCUGUCGGUGGUGACCGAGGUGUUCUGGAGUCUUUCGCUGGAUAGCUACUACAGCGAGGUCAAAGGAAGUCCCAGCAGCUUCUGCAGGACUCUGGGAAAUGCUGAUGUCUGGCUCAUCAGGACCUUCUGGGAUCUGGAGACGCCACGACCGUUCCCGCCCAACUUCAAACACGUGGGCGGUCUGCACUGCAAACCAGCCAAUCAGCUUCCAGAGGACCUGGAGGCGUUCGUGCAGAGCUCGGGCGAUGCCGGUGUGGUGGUGGUCUCCUUCGGCUCCAUGGUAACUAACCUGACAACAGAGCGUGCUGAUGUCAUCGCCGCUGCUUUCGGACGAAUCCCACAAAAGGUGAUCUGGAGGUACAGCGGAGACACGCCCAGAACUCUGGCAGCCAACACCAAGCUUUCUGAUUGGAUCCCUCAGAACGACCUGCUGGGUCACCCAAAGACCCGAGUGUUUGUGACGCACGGCGGCACCAACGGUCUGUACGAGGCCGUGUAUCACGCCGUGCCGCUGGUCGGAAUUCCGCUCUUUGCCGAUCAGCCCGAUAAUCUCGCUCGUCUGAGCCGCCGCGGCGCCGCCAUCGUCCUCGACUUCAACCAUCUGACAUCCGACGAGCUGACGGAGGCGCUGCACGCCGCCAUCAACCAGCCGAGCUACAAGUCCAGCAUGCAGCAUCUGUCGGCGUUGCACCGCGACCAGCCAGUGGCGCCGCUGAGCACCGCCGCCUUCUGGGUGGAGUUUGUGAUGAGACACGGAGGAGCGAGACACCUACGGCUGGCGUCACAUGAGCUGAACUGGUUCCAGUACCACAGCGUGGACACCGGCGCCGCCCUGCUGGCCGCCAUAGCGAUCGCUGCCGCCCUCUGCUGGGGGGGCGUCCGCUUCUUCCUGCGACGCUGCAGCCAACGACGGCGAAGAGAGAAGAACGACUGAAGAGACGACAAUUGUUUUAAAAUUCUAAACCUGCUGAGUUCCUUCAGAAACUUGGUACCGAGAAGACCUGAAGGCAAAGGGGGUCACACCCCAGAUCUGAUCCAGAUUAAGCUUCUGUUCACUCUGUAUUUUGAUCAAUACAAUCUCUUAUCACGUCUGCCUGAAAGAGCCCGUCGCGCUCACUUUAAUCCCGUCUUUAUAUGUAUUGUGCUCCGUUUGACGGUUCUAAUUCACAGAUUAUCUCCUCGCCUGGUGUCUGAAAACAGUUCGUACUCAGCCUGAAACAAACACAGGUCCAGCCAUGUGUGUGAGACUUCAUCUGAUUAAGGGUUAUUCUCAUGAAAUUUAUUUUGAAACUGAAAUCUGUCACAUUAAAAAUCAGCUGAAUGUAAGAAUCUGAACAAACCAACCAAGUCUGAUUUCAGAUUUUAUUUUUUAUUUGUACAAAAACAGAGAAGCUCCACCCCCUCUGUUCAGAAACAUGAAACGAAUAAAGUUUUGUUGUUUUAACACUGAGACUGAACACAGAUCAGUUUAACCUGCUGCUGAUCAAUUCACAAUAAAACUGAUCUCCUAGACGUUUGGUCACCAUGGUAACAACCAAUCAGAAAGAUGCAAAAAAAAAAAGAAAGAAAAAAAGAUCUGAAACAAAGCUUACGUGUCGUCACCAG